AUGCUGGUCGUCCUGCUGGUCGAGAACCUCGCCUCGUUUCUGGUGAAAAACGUGUAUCUCGUCUAUCUUGACGGGUCUGCCGUCACAGACGCGUUUCUCUACUCGGCCUACGUUCGAUAUCCCAAGACCUCGCUCAAACACCUACUGUACACCUGGUCGCCUCUCAAGAGCCGCGUGCGCCAGAUGCUGAUCUUCCGCGUCGACCACCUCGUCGACUUUGUCUACGCGACGCUCUCCAUCUACACCAUCAUGUGCAACGUCCACCCGUGGCUCCGGAAACUGGCGGCCAAGCCCCAGGACUCGUCCGUGGGUAGCAGGCUGCCCAGCAAGCCCGUCGCCAAGCCGUACACCGGCGAGCUCGCCCCAGAAACAAAGACCAUCACCGUCUCGUCGCACAUCGCCGACAGCACGAUCCCCGGCCUCGUGCGCCCGGCCUCGUCGUCGUCUGAGGAGACGGCCGACUCGCACCAGUCCGCCGACUCUGCGCCCGCGUCCUUCCCGCCCGACCACCAGAUCCUUAACAUGAACGACGUGUCGUCGGCCAGCCUGGUCGUUGCGCAGAAUUUCGAGAACUACUGCCGGCUGUUUCUGUUCCCGUCUCUGAAUUACUCCAGUCCAGCCACCCAGCCUCCCCAGACCGCCACGCUCGCCGCCAGCAGCUCCAAAGCCAAGCUGACGCCGUACGUGGAGAAACGCAUCAAGAGCAUGACCGGCCGUGUGCAGCAGCCGAUCUGGGCGUUCGUCUCCGCGGCGAAAACCAUGUUUGGCAGACCCGACCUCUACUCGGGCGAGUACUACCAGCAGAACGCGCUGGUCACCACCAACAGAGACCCGGACGGCUGGACGCGGUCGCUGGCCGACUCGGCCCAGUGUUUCAUCUGGUACACCGGCGAGACUGCCGUCGCGUUCGAGCUGCGCAACGUGUACAUAGACCAGCUGCUGGUGAUGGUGAACGGCAUCAUCUGGGAGCAGACGGCGCUGAUCGGCCUGGAGGAGCGGGAGCUCGUGAUUGUGAGCGGCCUGAGCCCGCUGUCGCAGUACGACGUGGAGUUUGUGAACGUGAACGGCAAGGACGAGCGCGAGCUCCUGGCCGCUGCCACCGUCAGCACGAUCCACAAACACCGCAUUCUGACCGAGUCCAAGCACUCGUCGCCGCUCGCGACGCUGCAGGAGUCUGUGGUGACGACGCAGGCCGCGAUCGAGCGCGAGAAAAUCAAGCUCAAGAAGCUCAAGACCGACUGGCGCAAGCGGUCGUCCGCGCUCAAGGCCGAGAUCGAGUCGCUCAACAGCCGGUCGUAUUUCACGGACGAGACGCGGAACUACAAGAAGGUCGAGUCGCUGCGCCAGGCCGUGGCCAAGAGCGAGUGCGAGAUCAGCAAGCUGUCCAAGGAGGCCGAGUGUCUGUACACGCAGCAGUCCGAGGUGGACGAGCGGUACCUGGACACGAAGCGGGCGUACGACUCGGAGAUGCGUCUGCUGCAGGCGUUCGAGAGCGCGCAUUUCGAGAAGCUCGAGACGGAAAAGGCGCGCGUCGCGGCGCUCGAGGCCGAACGGGCUCCGCUGGUGCAGAAGAAGGAGAAACUGAUCCAGAAAAAGGAACGCAUCGCCAACGACGUCAGACGGCUCGAGCUCGAGAUCGAGCAGCUCAAGACGGCAGAGGUGCGGCUGCGCCAGGAACACAGAAGUAUCCGCGCCGGCCAGCGGGCGGAAAAACACCGCGUCAUCACGAACGAAAUCAGUAAAUUCGAAAAACAGCUCCAGCAUUAG